ACUUCGGAGCGUAAUUUGAACCUGCAACGUAAACCGCUACGAGUGAUUCAACCAAGCAAGUGUUGGAAUUGGACUGUAUGGUGAAUCAUCAAUGAAUAAUAAAAAUUUGGAAGAAAUAUCUCAUGACCCUCUACUUGCUCCUGGCAAACGUAAAGGUGCCAAAAAGACAAGGACUGUUAAAGACCUUUUUGAUGAUGUUGGACCAGAAUCAGCAUUCAAAGAUAAACGCGGACGCCCUUGGUUCAAAAAUCCACGAGCAUACGUGAAACAAAAGUUAGCAUCUAAAACUCAAAAGGAUGGUUCAGAAAAACAAUCAGACUCCAGUGGCAGUGAAAGUUCUGAACUCGAAGCCUCAGAAACUGAAUCAAGCACUUCGACUAACGACGAAGAAAAAAUCAAUGUUUUCGAGGCUAUUGAAGACCUACAAGGUGCAGAUUGGUAUGAAUUAACUAAAGAUUCAGUUCCUGCUACCCAGACAAGUCAUAGAUUGGCACUGCUUCAUUUCGAUUGGGAUAAUGCAAAACCAGAAACUAUUUAUAUGGUCUUAGAAUCAUUUUUACCAGCCAGAGGCCAUAUUGAAAAAGUUACAAUCUAUCCAUCCGAGUUUGGCAUUAAACGCAUGGCUGAUGAAGCUCUUCAUGGACCACUUGAACUACGUCCAAGUGAAUCAGAUACAGAAUGCAAUGAAAACAACAAUCUGACUGUAGAGAAUUCAACUAUGGCUAUAGAUGUUGAUGAAAAAUCUGGCUGGCGUAAUGCAUCAUCUAAACUCCGACGUCGCAUUCGUGAAUAUCAAUUAGCACGACUGAAAUAUUUCUAUGCUAUUAUUGAAUUCGAUAGUGUUGAAACAGCGGAAGCAAUUUAUACGGCGUGUGAUGGUCUUGAAUAUGAAAGUUCCGGUUCCCGGUUAGAUUUGCGUUUUGUUGAUAAUGAUCAACAAUUUGAAGUUCCUCCAGAAUAUGCUCAUCUUGUAAGUGAAUGUCGGGAAAUCAAUAAGACAAAAUACGCCCCAAUCCGCUUUGAAACAAGUGCCUUACAUUCAACACGAAUUGGUAUAACUUGGGAUAAAACACCAGCUGAUCGAACAAACUGGCUACGUGAUCAAUUCCGUUCAGAUGUUGAUCCGAAAACUACUUUAACAGAGAAUAGAGAUGAACUUUCCAAAUAUCUUGCUCUUUCUUCAAGUGGGGCUAGUACAGCGGCUAGCUCAGAUCCUGAAUCAGAACCACCUGCCCCUACUGUCCCUCGAAUUCAUCGUCACAGGCCUAAAAAACUUCCACCAGCUGAAGUUCGUUUAGCACUUUUAGGAUUGUCAUCUACUGAUAAAGUUGAUAUGGAUGGAGAAUCAUUCAAUCAAGAUGAAGCGGAAGAGGAAGAAGAAGAAAUCCUUGAUCUGGCCUCUCAUACUCUUAGUGAUGCUUCUGAAACCGAAGAAUAUGAUCUACGACCCGUUGAAAAGAAAAAGGACUCACAAACAGUAAUGCCUAUAUCACGUGAAAAAGUUCGUCGUAGGGUAUUACCAGAGGCGAGGGAUUCCGAUGAUGAUGAUGAUGAAGAAAAAGAAGUGGAAGAAAAUAACAGUCCUCUUGAAUCCGAAGACAAUUACAGUGAUAAGAAAGCUGUUAAAUCCCCUCAGAAGAAUGAGAAUAAAAGAAAGAAAAAAAUCAAACAGGUAGGAUUUGUUCAUAACAGUUAAAGUUUUUAACGAUUUGUUCAGUUGUAAAUGUUUUUCUCACUGAUUAUUGAGACGAUAAUACACAUUGUAUUAUUCAGAUGACUGCACCGGAGAAUGAUCUGUGUUUAUGAAAAGCCUUUCAGUAAUGGUAACCAGCUACUUACGUACUUUACUUAAGCCUGUUACCCUUCGUGGAGCUAAGGCCGCUUAUCAGCAAUCUGACCUGAAUUCUGCUUUCCACUUGUUUCCAAAUGCUAUUCAUUUUUUGAUUUAUGCCUCUAAUUUUCCGCACAAUUUGUUUUUUGGUCUAAGUCUUUUCUUUUUGUUUUGAGGAUCCCGAGUUCGAGUUUGCUUCGUGAUUCAGUUUGAUGACUUCCAGAACGUACACCUCCAGCAACCAACAUUCUUAAAUUCCUCUCCAGAAGGAAGUUGAUUUGUUCUUUGCCAAAAUAAAUUUUUGCUAAUGGUAGCUGACCAACGGAUCCGGAGUAACCAGUACACAACCUACAUUAUUAUUUAGUAAUCUAUUUCAGAGUUUAAUUUGGUCUUACAUUGAGUAGAGAGGGAAGUGAAGAAUCAGACAUACUUUGAAAUAGUCAGUCAACCAGUCGCAACGUUGGAUCUGGUACUUAUGUACAUCGCUUCAGGUUGCCUUGCCUCAUUAGCACAGAGAGAUAAAAUUAACAGGCCAAAUCCCAGAAUAAUAGAGGUAGUAACAGCAUCAGUGGUAAUAGAAAAGAUUAGGCAUCAAAGAUUCGAAAGGAAAGUAUUAAUUAGUGAGAUAAAAACAAAAGAAUGUUUGGGAUAUUUAGAAUUUGAGGAUUUAGGGGAAUACAAGGAAUAGAUGCACCUGCAUCAUUGUAAACGAUUUUGAGUCAUGUCAUUCAAAGUCUCUAACCAUUGGUCACGAUAAUCACACGGACCCCAACCAGGUGGUAGACUUCAUGGACUGAUGCCAUGUUUUUGUAUGGCCGUCUCUAAUUUUCUGCCAGCUUACUCCUACAUCAGAAAUCAUCUAUCGUUGAGGUAGUUGGUGGUUGGGCAAAUGUAAUACAUGUGCUAUCCAACUCAGUUGAUGAAUAUUUUUUACCUGUUCAAUCGAUUCGACAUUCUUACCUAACACUCUAUUCCUAACCCAUGCAUAACUUACUCAAGGGUCACAAAAUACACAUGGACUGAUUCGGAGACACCUAUGAUCAAAUACUAUUAACUGAUAAAUAUCUUCUGUUCUUGGUGGCCAUUUUUCACAUUCAUAAAGUAGAACGAAGCGGAGUACAGUCAUCCUUUGGUAGGCAAACGGAUAUUCCUCCCGCGCCACAAGUGAUGCAAGUUGGCAAUGUUCACCCCAACUUUUUGAAUCUCAACUGAGAUUUCGUCAAACACAAUACCAUCAGGACUUGUGAGACUCCGAAGAUAAGUUGAGCGGUCCAUAUGUUCAACUACUUCCCUCCCUAUCAUGAAUUCAGACGCUGAGCCAUGUCAAUCUCGAAGCACCAUUUUACAUCUGGAGAUAAAUAAAUCCAACAAGUCAGUCAGCUACAAUGUAGGACCAGGCACAUAUAUUCAUUGGUCCAAGUUGCCAUACUGUUGAGAUCUAUAUUAUUAAUGAUAACACCGUUUAGUAAAGCUGCAUAAAACUGAUAACUGUUAGUCCAUAGCUAUUCUUUGAUUUCAUAUCUUAAUGACGAUGCGAUUCACUGGCUUCUUCUCAAUAGUCCAACAUUAUGUAGUUGAUCGAUGAUCAUGUCAUCAACCAAAUUAUGCAGAAUGAAAGAUCUAUUCAAAAACAUGAUAUCCUUUAGCAGAUUAUCUGCAAUUCCGUUUUAAAAAUGGCACAUUCAAUCGCCGCCUCAAAUGUGAUUGUCUGAUUUCAUUUAUUUCAUAACCGUUAGUAUAGUGUAGUCCUACCAUCUUUUUCUUUGAUAUCUUAUUUAUUUUUAGCGUACAAAAAUUUUGGAGAAAAAACGAAAAGUUCAAGCAAGAUUAGAACGUGAAUCGAAACUGUGGUUUGGAGAAAACAAUAACCCCGAUGAAUUAUGUGAUGAUGAUCGUUUUGAUGAAUUCCUACGUAAUGCUGCAUUUGAUAUUAGUCAAACACAUCCAGAUUAUAAAGAAGCAAGUGAUUUCUUACGUUAUAUGAAAAUACGUCAGUCGAGAAUCGUAUGAUGCUGUAAAUAGUACCGAUCAAUUCUUCUUGAUCUAUUUAUACAUGUACAUUUAUAUAGAGUUGUACAGUUUUUUGAAAUAAUCCCUUUCUCUAUUUCUUUUAUCUGUUGUCAAUUCAUCAAGCAGAGAUAUUUUGUACAAUAUAAGAGAUUUAUAUCGGUUA